GACCUGGAAAUGAAAGUAAAAAAGACCAAGAGGCACAUGGAAGGAGCUGCUGCAGUUGCAGCUGGCACAGAAUGCAGCCCUCUGUAAUUAAAUAACAAUUAGUUAGUAUUAUUACUCACCGUAAUAAUGCUCUAAUAAUAUCUCUAGUAAUACCAUAUCAUUUAUCAAGGCAAGGUGAUCCCAGUGCAAAGGGGGAAUAUAACCAAGCAGAGGAGUGUCUGUAAUGGAGAGACAAAAAAGAAAAGAGGAAAUAGAGAAAGGACUUCAGUUCAUUCAGUCUACAUUACCCCUAAUUCAAGAAGAUUAUGAGGCUUUUUUACAGAAACUGGUGCGAAACUUACUUGCAGAAGGCAAUGAUCUAUUCAGAGAGAAAGAUUUUAAGCUAGCGCUGGUGCAGUAUGUAGAAGGGCUGAAUGUGGCUGAAUAUGCAACCUCAGAUGAGGUGACCAUUCCAGUGGAUCUGCUAUGCAACCUGUAUGUCAACCGGGCUGCCUGCUACUUUUCCAUGGGCCUAUAUGAGAAGGCCUUGGAAGACAGCGAGAAGGCACUGGGAUUUGACACGGAGAAUAUCCGAGCACUUUUCCGAAAAGCCCGCUGCCUAAAUGAGCUGGGAAGGCACAAAGAAGCCUAUGAAUGUAACAGCCGCUGUCUACUGUCCCUGCCACAUGAUGAAAGUGUGGCACAACUUGGCCAGGAGCUUGCACAGAAGCUGGGAUUAAGGGUCCGGAAGGCAUAUAAAAGACCUCAGCAGGAAUUGGAAACAUUUUCUCUACUCAGUAAUGGCUUAUCAUCCACCUUACCAAAUCAGACUGUUUCCAAUGGAUUGGGUUCUGUAGAUGACAUUGAAACAGAUAUCUCUGUACAUCUUCAUGACAUGUCUGUUCCCUGUGCCACCUCCAUCCAAGUGAGUGAGGACCCUGGUUUUCCAUCAUCAGACUUGGAUGCAAAGAACACGCCAACAUCACUAUCUGCUAGCACUAUGGUGCCUUCUUCAGAGACUACAUCAGUGCCAUCAUCUGAGGGUGUGGAUGAUUUUACUGAAGGAGGAGUUCUUGGGGAUGAACUGGAUUCAAUCUUGGAUUCUAUCGCAGAUGGGUCUCAGCAGUACCCUCUAUCUCUAGUGCAAGGUGCCCUCCCUGCCAGUAUGCCUAGUGAAAUGCCACGAUUGAUCCCUGUGUUUCCGGGAGGUACUCCAUUGCUGCCUCCUGUGGUGACAGGCAACAUUCCAGUCUCCACACCACUCCCUCCUGCCUCCUUUGGCCUUAUGAUGGAUGCCACAAAACAGCUUUCCUCCACCUCUGUCCUGGAUGCUUUCGAACCACCAGUGGGUGGCAGUGGCAAUUCUCCUUUGGAUUCAUUGGAUUCACUAGACCUGCUUCCAUACACAGAGUCCCGGCUAGAUGUGCUGGAUGCUUUUGGAACUAGUCGGGGAUCACUGGAUGCACUGGACACUUUCACUGUUGAGGAAACCAGCACCCAAGAAACACGGCAGCCUACUAGUGUACAGAAGCCACUACCCAUGGCAAACCAUAGUGGGCCAAGGCAUACAACGGUACCCAAAGUGGUAGAGUUGCUGAUGUCUCAGCCAGAGUCGAUGAUGCCCAACACAGCCCUGCUUGUGAAGAAUCCACUGGCGUCCACUCACAUCUUCAAACAAGCCUGUCACCUCUGCUAUCCCAAAACAGGACCCAAGGCUGGCGAUUAUACCUAUCGAGAAGGUCUGGAGCACAAGUGCAAAAGGAAUAUACUGCUGGGGAGACGCCGGAACUCAGAAGAUAAAACCUGGAAGAGAAUCCGACCACGGCCAACUAAGACCAAUUUUGUGGGAUCUUAUUAUCUGUGCAAAGAUAUGCUUAACAAGCAGGACUGUAAGUACGGGGAUAACUGCACCUUCGCGUACCACCAGGAGGAGAUCGACGUGUGGACAGAGGAGCGGAAAGGAACCCUUAAUCGUGACCUAUUGUUUGACCCACUGGGUGGAGUCAAGCGGGGCAGCCUGACGAUUGCCAAGAUUUUGAAGGAACACCAGGGCAUAUUCACUUUCCUCUGUGAGAUCUGCUUUGACAGCAAACCCCGGAUAAUCAGCAAAGGGACCAAGGACUCUCCAGCAGUGUGUUCCAACUUAGCUGCAAAACAUAGCUUUUUUGAUAAUAAGUGUCUGGUUCACAUUGUUCAUUCCACCUCUCUGAAGUAUUCCAAGAUCCGUCAGUUCCAGGAACACUUUCAGUUUGAUGUAUGCCGACAUGAAGUACGUUAUGGCUGCUUGCGUGAAGAUAGCUGCCACUUUGCUCACAGCUUCAUAGAGCUUAAAAUUUGGUUGCUGCAACAAUAUUCAGGAAUGACCCAUGAAGAUAUUGUACAAGAAUCUAAGAAGUAUUGGCAACAGGUGGAGAUUCACACCAGCAAGGCUAGUAGCAAUAUGGCUUCUAGCAGGAGUUCCACAUCAAACACUUUUGACCUCCAAAUGAAGUUUGUUUGUGGCCAAUGUUGGAGAAAUGGGCAGGUGGUAGAACCAGAUAAAGACCUCAAAUACUGUAGUGCCAAAGCACGCCACUGUUGGACCAAGGAGCGCCGUGUUUUGCUAGUGAUGUCCAAAGCAAAGAGGAAAUGGGUGUCUGUUCGGCCACUGCCUUCAAUUCGCAACUUCCCUCAACAAUAUGAUUUAUGUAUUCAUGCCCAAAAUGGAAGGAAGUGCCAGUAUGUUGGAAACUGUUCUUUUGCCCAUAGCCCUGAAGAGCGAGAGAUGUGGACCUUCAUGAAAGAAAAUAAGAUUCUGGACAUUCAGCAGACAUAUGACAUGUGGCUAAAAAAGCACAACCCUGGGAAACCUGAUGAGGGGACACCUCUAACAUCACGUGAGGGGGAGAAGCAAAUCCAGAUGCCUACUGACUAUGCUGAUAUGAUGGGUUACCACUGCUGGCUUUGUGGAAAGAACAGCAACAGCAAGAAGCAAUGGCAGCAGCACAUCCAGUCAGAGAAGCAUAAAGAAAAAGUCUUCACGUCUGAUAAUGACUCCAGUUGCUGGAAUUACCGUUUCCCCAUGGGAGAGUUUCGGCUGUGUGACAGAUUCCAGAAGACAAAAUCCUGCCCUGAAGGGGAGAAUUGUCACUUUGCUCAUGGCCAAGAUGAGUUGACAGAGUGGCUGGAUCGGAGGGAAGUAAUGAAGCAAAAACUGGCCAAAGCCCGCAAAGAUAUGUUACUGUGCCCUAGAGAUGAUGACUUUGGCAAAUACAACUUCCUAUUACGGGAUAGCAUAUAAUAUCAAAGGGGUCUAGGACUGCACAAAUGAAUAUGGGAUUUUGCAGUACGUCUGUGUUAUCCAAGAUGGAGAAUGGCAAUGUGUGAUCUGAACACAGGCUUCAUGGGUGGCUGAGAUUUAUCUAUUCAGGAUCUGUAGUCUCCAUUACAUUAUCCACUUUUCUAUCUUACGUUAAAAAUUCCAUUGGAUUUUAUACACCUGUUGUACUAAAAUAAUUCUGAAUCAAGAUAAAAUGGGUCAGUGAUGCAUGUGUGAAGAGGCCUAAAUGAUGGUAAUGAAGAAAGGAAUAUGUGGUUAGUAGGAGCAUAUCAGUAGGCUGAAGUUCCUUUUUAUAUUCUUGCUGCCUGAUGAGCAGAUACCUUAUCACUGUCAGGCAGCUGUACCUAUUAACCCAUUUUACCUAUCAUAUAGAGACAAAUACCUCCACAUUUUUUUUCUGUAGAACAGAUACAGAUGCCAUCUUUGAAGGGAAGGGUGUUUUUGGGCUGGGUGCCUGUGAACAGUAGUCCUAUGUGUACCUUGCUGAUCAGUGGAAGCCAUCUAUUUUGGUGCAAGAUACCAUUAUAUAUUCCCCUGUUAAUUUGAUUGUUUAAUAGACCUUUCAAAUAAUGUUAUUUCCUUUCCAUUGACCUAGAUUUUUUAAAGGGAGUAUUUGUUUUUAAAGUAGUUUGUCUCCUGUCUUGGCAGUUAAAUAGUCUUAAUGUGGGACUAGAUUAAGUAAAGCUACAGAACUCCAGCUGCAAUUAAACAAACUGAAUGACCUCCUCUUCCCCAUGCAGUUGUAGACUGUUGCCUGCUUGACUGUUAUGAUCAUAAUGUUAUUAACCUGCUGGUCCUCUUUCUCUAAUUACCUGUAAAAGCUGAUAUGACCAGCUUCAGUGGUUGAAAUGUUAACAGUUUGUGGCAGGUGGAAGAAGAAAAACAAAUACAUUGAUAUUUAAAUUUGUUACAUUAUCUACUGAAUCUAGAAAUAGAACUACACGUGUUUGCUCUGCAAUGAUUAAGGGAUAUGAAUUUAUUUAGAUUAUAAGACAGAACAAUGUUUCCUUUCCUCUUUAAUUCAGAAAUAAGCAAAUUGCUUUGCAUCCUCUUUUGAUCUAGUCAAUACUGCUUUGAUUAGAAGACAAAAGGGGACGUGGUUUAUGGAGUCAGAGCAGGAGGGUUGUGGGGCACUUAUUCCUGGAUAUUGCAGUGAAAAAUCAGUUUUUUGUUUUUUCCCCCUGAUAUGAUAACCUGAUACGUGGUGUUGCAGUAUUUUGUCACCAGAUUUGUUCUAGUGUGUAUAUAUGUAACUCUUCCAUAAAACAUAUAUAUACACAGGUAUUAAAUAUAUCGCUCUAUAUAAUGUUAUAUAUGUAUGUGGUAUUGGAGGAACCUUUUUAUUGAGGGUUAAAGAAAAGGACUCUCGCUGAGGAAUGAAGCAUCUUUUGUUUGAAUAAAGUUGAUGUUAGGAGAGGAGAACUAUUUGUUUUUGGAUUUUUUAAAAAAAAUUAUUGAGGGAUAUGUUAACUUGCAAUGGUGAAGUCACCCUUUUGUGAAGACUUUGAAGUACAGUACAAUCCAUGGAAGUAAAUAAACUACUAAAGGAAACCUACUGUUUAGUUUAAGAAAAGAAAUAUUGAUAAGAAUUGGAGAAUGUAUGGAAUUGAAAAUCCUGCUCUAUCCCUAGCACCUGCAGCUGUGCAGUAAUAAAGGGGUAAAGCUAAUGCUCUAGAACCAUGCAGAAGGUAUGAAACAUGAAAGAAACCAACAUUUGGUUGGCUACAAUAUAUCAGUUUGGAAAGGGAGGAGUUUCAGAAAACAGACACAUCUGAAAAUGAUAAGUAAAAUUAGGUCAUUGGUUGUAUUUGUUAAUAAAUACAAACUGUGCUUCAAAAAUCUUGGCAGUGUCUUUUUCUUUACAUAAGCUGCUUAGAAAACAAAAGAAAGGGGACUCCUUAAUACCCUCAAAAUUAUGGGAAGGAUAUGUUUUGGAUGGAAUGCUCCAUAACCAAGUUCUUCAACCAUGAAAUCCCUAUGAAAUAUAGUAAUAGAGUAAAGCCAAUGAAGGAAGAUGCUCCAUUUCUAAGUUAGACUUGUAAAAAGUUGGAGAGUCCUUCAAAAUGUAUUUGUAUUAAUAUAUUCUAAGAAUACCACGCUUUACUAUUACAAAGAAAUUCAUAAUGCCUUUCACAAGGUCUAGUAACCAAGAUAAUAAUGUAGAUGUUCUAACAACUUUCUUGUUCUGAACAAGACAGAUUUGCUUCUUUUAGCCUUUGUAAUAGAAAAUAAAAGUGUGCACUUUAAACCCUC